CCCUCUCCCUUUUACUAGUACAGCGCAGUUGCGGACGGUCUGGGCGAGUAAUUCAUUUCAUUCUGUAAAUCCCGCCCAAUCAACAUCAACAUGUCCGAAAAACUGCCUUUCAAAGUCGCUGACAUCAGCAUGGCGGAGUGGGGCCGCAAGGCGGUGGAGAUCGCGGAGAACGAGAUGCCGGGUCUGAUGAAGAUGCGGGAGAUGUACGGGGAGGCGAAGCCCCUGAAGGGAGCACGCAUUGCCGGCUGUCUCCACAUGACCCUCCAGACCGCCGUGCUGAUCGAGACCCUGACAGCUCUGGGGGCCGAGGUUCAGUGGUCCAGCUGCAACAUUUUCUCCACCCAGGAUCAUGCGGCUGCGGCCAUUGCCAAGACUGGCAUUCCUGUGUACGCCUGGAAGGGAGAGACGGAUGAGGAGUACAUCUGGUGCAUUGAACAGACCAUUUAUUUCCAGGAUGGGAAGCCACUCAACAUGAUCCUGGAUGAUGGAGGGGACCUCACCAACAUGGUGCACAAGAAGUACCCCAAGCUUCUCCCAGGAAUCAAGGGGAUUUCCGAAGAGACCACCACAGGAGUUCACAACUUGUACAAGAUGUUGAAAAAUGGAGAGCUCAAAAUCCCAGCCAUCAAUGUGAAUGAUUCAGUGACAAAGAGUAAGUUUGAUAACCUGUACGGCUGCCGUGAGUCUCUGAUCGACGGAAUCAAGCGUGCCACGGACGUGAUGAUCGCUGGGAAGGUUGCGGUGGUGGCGGGGUACGGAGACGUGGGGAAGGGGUGUGUGCAGGCGCUGCGAGCCUUCGGGGCGCGAGUCAUCGUCACAGAGAUCGACCCCAUCAACGCACUGCAGGCAGCCAUGGAGGGGUAUGAGGUGACCACGAUGGACGAAGCCUGCAGAGAAGGCAACAUCUUUGUCACGACCACUGGCUGUGAAGACAUCCUGCUGGGAAGGCACUUUGAACAAAUGAAGGAUGAUUCCAUUGUCUGCAACAUCGGACACUUUGACAUUGAAAUUGACGUGAAGUGGCUGAAUGAGAAUUCAGAGAAGAUUAACAUUAAACCCCAGGUGGACCGCUACACGCUGAAGAACGGCCGGCACGUUAUCUUGUUGGCAGAGGGUCGGCUUGUGAACUUGGGGUGCGCAAUGGGUCACCCCAGCUUUGUGAUGAGCAACUCCUUCACCAACCAGGUCCUGGCUCAGAUCGAGCUGUGGACCAAUACCAGCAAAUACCCCCUGGGGGUCUACUUCCUGCCCAAGAAGCUGGACGAGGCUGUGGCAGCUGCUCACCUGGAGAAGCUGGGCGUGAAGCUCACCAAACUGACUGACAAGCAGGCCAAGUACAUCGGCCUGCCCAAGGAGGGGCCCUUCAAGCCAGACCACUACAGAUACUGAGACCAACCUUCCAACGCUCGCCAGCGCUUCCAAAGCUGCUGCAUUCAUUUCUGGAUUACUGGAACGAGUUGUCAGGUGUGUCCCAAACCCCCCCCCCCCCCCCCCCCAUCGCUUGGCACUAAGCCUUGCAUUUGUUUGUGGUCGUCUUUAAUUGCAGAAAAAACUCCCUCUGUUCCUGGCAUUUAGUUAGCCCUGCAAUAGAACGGUAAUUAGACUUUUACCUAAGUGUGACGUGAGGGAUCGUUGCCCAACUGUGUGAAUUGCCAGCAAGUCGAUCACUUUGAAAAUGAGCUUUCAUGAUUGCCAAACCAUUCGCUUGACCAUUCAGCCUAAUGAGAAGGAAACUGCCAUUCUAUUAGUUCUGAAAUAAAGCAAUUCCAAACUGGAAAGCACUUCAUCUAAUGAGACGCUUCAAAGUGAAAUUUGGCUUUGUUAAAGGAAAAAAAAAAAACAAGAUUCCAGAAAUGAAUGCUGACUUGAACACCCCCACAUGGCCAACGUUGACAUCUUAGUUGAACUAAUAGCAGCGUUGGACACUUCUGUUGGAAUUACUGCCAUGUCUUAACACUUGAAUAAUGUGUUUGCUUUAAGCAUAGAAUUCCAAAUAAAUGUAAGUGUUCAAAAUAAACGGUUGAGUUUA